UUGUUUUCUAUAAAUGUGCUGUUUGUUGAUAUACAGUAUUUUUAUAGUUUGUUAAUUCUACAAUUAAUAUUUUAAUAGUUGUUAAUUUAUUAAUUUGGUGCAAUUAAUUUUAAAUAUGGCGCGUCAAACAGUGUUAUCUGAUUUUCAAUUUAAAAGAAAAUGAGUAUGAAGUGGUAUGAAGGUUAGAAACUCUUAUGAAAUAAUAACAAUGUCAUAUUUGACAACAGAAAUUGGACAAAGUUUAAUUUCCGAAAUUAAUAUAAAAACUAAUGUGUGCCGGGCCUGUUUAUCGCAUGAUAAAAAUUUGCGAUAUUUAUUUUCUGCACAAGACAAAAAUACUUUCAGUUCUGAAAAUGUUUUAAAAAUGUUCAAUUCCUGUACAAACAGUGAUGCUUCAGUUAAUGAUAAGUAUCCAAAACAUAUUUGCAAUAUUUGUUUUGAACAAUUGAUUCAGGCUUAUAACUUUUGGCAAAAAUGUAAAAGAUCCAUAUCAAGGUUUGAUAAAUUUGCCAAAAAACUGGAUGUGUUUGAUAAUAUUCAAAAACAAGAUGUCGUAGUAGUAGAUGAUAAAACAACUAAUAUUGAAUCAGAACCAAAUUUCAAUUGUUUCCUUCAGUUCCAAAAAUCCAUUAAUAACAGCACAACAGAUGAGCAACAAUGUAAAUUUGAGAAAAUUACAUGCUCUAUUGAACAAAAUGCUAAUUUAAUUAAUAUCAUACCAAGUGUGCGAAAGACGAGUAACCAACUUGUAGUAAAAAGUACUGUACCUUCUGAUAAUAUAGAGCAAUCUAAUUUAACACAGAAACAAGAAAUUAGUUCUGGUGAAAAUCAUUCUAAAAAUGUAUGUAGUAAACUUCAAGAUGUGCCAGAUGAGACCGAAAAACUAAAGAAAGCAGAGUACAAUUGCCGCAAAUGUAAAUUAGAUUUUACUAAUCAUGAGGAAUAUCUUAAACAUACUCACAAUCAUAGAUUAUAUCUUUGCCCAGAAUGUGGUCACUUGAGUAAAAGUCUGAGUGGUUUUCGUGAACACACCAAAAGUCACUCAAGUAUUCAACCAUAUGAAUGUAAAUUAUGUGGGAAAAAAUACAAAUCUCAUUCUUCUUUACUGGUUCACAUGCGUCAUCAUUCAGAUGAAAAGAACUACAUUUGUGAACAUUGUGGUCAAAAAUUUGUUACUUGGAGUAGAAGAUUCAGUCAUAUUAGAACAUAUCAUUCAACAGAGCGGCCACAUGUUUGUGAUAUCUGUUCAAAGACAUUUAAGCAAUCGGGAACAUUAAAAGUUCAUAAAAGACUUCACACCGGAGAAAAGCCAUAUCCUUGUAGUGAGUGUACUAUGGCAUUCAAGUCUUCUAGUGAUCGAAAUGCUCAUAUGGUUAGACAUACGGGAGAAAGGAAAUAUCUGUGUAGUAUUUGUGAGAAACGAUUUACAAAGUCUUAUAGUCUUAAACAACAUAUGGUAACUCAUACUGGUGAACGGAAACAUAAAUGUGAAGUGUGUGGAAAAGCUUUUACACAAGCGCAUGUAUUGAAAGGGCAUAUGAAAACACACCUCAGUCACCAGUCAAAUUGA